GGGGCUUAGUGGUGCCCCCGGGGCCCAGCCCCGGCGGAGGGAAUCCUGGUUCUCCCUUGGGAGUCGGUUCGCGCAACCUCCCCACCCACUGCGGUGCACAGCGCCUGCUGCGCGGAGCCUGCCUGGGCCAGCUCGUCUGCACAGAACCAGGCUGCCCUGGGAGCGGGGCUGCCAGAGCGCUCACGGGACACUCCGAGCAUCUCCUGUCCUGCUCCCCGGGAAGCGGUACGGCCUGAUCGCUUGUGGGGGGGCCAUGCUGUUGGCAUUCCUAGAGCGCCCCACUACCUGCCAGGCGUUGUAUUAACUACUCGCUGAUUAAACCCCGCGGCACAGUCAGCAUCGCAGAUAAAGCGGGCCUUUAACGCUAAACUCAAACAUAAGGCUCAAUGAAUUAGACUUUUCACUGUAAUUUCCCUUUGUUGGCGUGCUUUGUCCAAUAGGCAUCUUCCCGCAAAGGGUGUGUCCCACCUCUUUUUCACCAUAGCUGCUUACUGCCAUAAAACAGAAUUCUGUGUAUUGCUGCAAAUGCCAAUAGAGAUGCAUUGUCAUAUAUAGGAUAGAUAAAACUAGCUAUGGAGUUGGAACAACAAACAGAAGGUGGAGUCAGAGGAAUACCUUCAGGAAGUCAGAUACUUCAUGUGUAUCCUCGUAAUCUCCCAUCUCACGCAUUGCAACACAUUGUAUUAACAGGACAUCUGGACAUAAAGAAACAAGCUUCCAGUGAGCCAAAGAAAAGAAAAGGUGGCUGGCCUAAAGGGAAGAAAAGGAAACCUCCAAAGGAAUUUUCAGCUCCUCGUGCCCCUACAACAGGGUAUGUAAUAUUCUUGAAUGAGCGGAGAAUUAAAACGAAGGCCAGACAUCCAGAUUUGCCUUUUACUGAAAUAACCAAGAUGCUGGCUGCUCAAUGGUCUCAACUUUCUCAAGCAGGAAAGCAAAAAUAUAUUAAAGAAGCAGAAAAGGAUAAGCAAAGAUAUAUGAAAGAAUUGAAAGCCUAUCAAGACUCUGAAGCCUAUCAAGCUUUCUUAGAGAGAAGAGCAGUUCACAAAGUGAAGACCCUGUGUGGAACAAUAUCUAUAGGAAGUAGAUCUGAGAAUGAAGCUCUUGCUUUGUCAACAAUAGAUAGAGAUGAAAGCAAUGACCUGUAUUGUCGGACGUGUAACCAGUUUUUCAGUUCUUUUCAUAACAAGAAAGAACACCUUAUGGGAAAGCAACACUUACAGAAUUUAACAGGAGAGUUUGAAAAAGAAACUGCUGAGUUCUCUAAACAUCAGAAACUGCAAGAAGAAAAGGAGGAAAAAGAUGAGUCAGAAGAAGAAAUUGACUCUACAGAUCUGUUUCAGUUUGGGGACCUGACCUCCCAGAAGAACUUUGCGUCAUCAGAUUUUUGUUUUUUGCAGGAGUUUAUCUUCAGACUUCUGAAAUUUAAAGAGUUUGAACUUUGUGAACUAAAAAGAAGUUUGACAAAGGCAUAUGAAGAACAGGAAAGUUUAAAAAAGCAGUUGGAGGAUCUAAAGAAUCAGCAGUUGAAGUUGGAAAUGGAUUUUGCAUCCAUAAAGGCAUAUAGCGGUACUUUAGAAAAAGAGUUUGAAAAUUUAAAUAUGGUUCCAAUGCUGUUCCAGUUUCAUCUGCAAAUAGUGGACACUAGGCUGCAGAGCGCUGGGACCAGGCCAGGAGCAGAGCCCUGGGCUGGCUGCCGGUACCCCAGGCUGGCAGGAGGGCUGAGCAGGGCUGGAGGCCCGGACCCUAACUGGCAAGGGGCCGGGUGGCUGGAACCCCAGACCAGCAGCGAGGUGAGCGGGGCCGGCAGCUGGUAUCCCAGGCUGGCAGCAGGCUGAGCUGGGCCGAUGGCCGGGACCCUGGCGGCAAGGGGCCGGCGACCGGAACCCCAGACCAGCAGCGGGCUGAGCGGCUCAGGUUGUCGACCUCGCACUAGACUGAACAAAAUACUUAGGGUGAGAUCCAGGCCCCAUUGAAAUCAAUGGCAAAACUCUCAUUGACUUCAGCAGGACAAGAUCUGCCCCUUAAUGUUCUUUAUGCAACAAUCCUGUUUUGCCUUCCAUGGCUUAGAUAAGAUAACCUAAUAGAUCUCCUCCUCCAUUUCUAAAUUCUGUGGGUUAAAUACUGAAAUCCUUAACUCAGGCAAAAUGACCCUUGACUCCAAAAAAGAGCCCUACCUUCAGGAUUUAGCCUUAUGGACACGUUCUGAUAGAAACUACAAUAUGCUAAAAGCCAAGGCCUGCGAGCUAUUUUGAUGUAUGGUUCCCUUUGCUCACAACUGAACUUGAUGUCUGAAUCUUCUCACCUUUCUUUUUUUUAAUAAAUACUUAUAAUAAGGGUUUUGCAUAAAGUGAGACUAUGCAGCCCUGUACUAUGUUAAGUGGCUAUAUGAAGUCAUUGACACUUCAGAAAGAGUCAAACAAUACAGUUGCUUUAUUACAAAUGAAAAUUUCAAAGACAAAAAAAUUGAGGCAGUGAGAUGAUCAGUAAUAUAUAACAGACUAUUAUUUUUGUUACAGUACAUUCAAAUAGAGCCUUGAAUGGAAAUAUCUGUAGUUAUUAAAUCUUUUACACUUUUUUAUAUUUGCAAAGAACAGCUCAAUUUUUCACCCUUUUUGUCAGUUGGGAGCAUUAUUUCCAUAUGAAAAUAAUUUUUCUCCAGUACUUAUUCAAAUUACUUUGCUUACCAGUACUAUAAUUCCAAAUUUUCAUUACCUUUCAUUAUCCAGCAGUAGCUCCUCACUUUAAACUGGCACCAUAUUAAUACUCUGCAGUUGCAUAGAAGUGAACAUCUAAAAUGUACCAGUUGUCAGGUUGUUAAUAACAAAAAGUAGCUGCUUUUUAAACAUGCUUGUUUAGCAUAAAACUAAAUUACAAUCGUUUGUUUUGCAAAUAGUAUUGUACUUGUCACUGGCAUAAAUAAAACGUGUGAUUGUACUUUAAAAUGUAGCUGGAAUUGUGGUUAUUUGAUUUAACUAUUCCAUCUGCAUCACUUGCCUAUCUGGGAUGAAAGUCUAGCAUUUUUUCUUCCUUCAGAAUACUUAGCACCAACAUGCGUAAGGUGUUUGUUGUAUCAGAUAUGAAAAUGUGAAAAGUUCCUUUGCACUAGUCCUGUCUCCGAUGACCAGAAAUGAUACAAAUAUCAGAUGGCAGAUCCUCAGCUGGUGUAAAUGGAGAUAAGAUAAUUUAUACUAGUUGCAGAUCUUCCCCCAGGAUGUGUGAGAGAGGAGGGAAUGCAGCUGGGAGGCAACUAGAGAGGGAGCUUAAGAGAUUUUGUGGGAGGGAAUCUACAACUGGGAUAAGGAUGGAGUGAGGAACCUGAAUUUCAGAGGCAGCUGGGGAGGAAUUUGAGGCAAUCUUGUGAUGAAAGUAGAUGUGAGAGAAACUGGGAGACUUUUCAAAAGACAGGAGGGAGUCUGCAUCUGCGGGAAGAGGUUUGGGGACCUCUGCAUAGUCCGGAAUCAGGAUCAUUGGAGAGGUAGGUGAGAAGGAUGACCCAGGACACUUGUAUGUGGGAGGGCAGAGAGGCAGUGCAGUGAAAGAGCCAUAAGAGCAUGUGGAUGGAGUCAGGAGACAGUUGGAAGUGGAAAUAGAUAAUAGAGGCAGGAAGCAAUUUCUCAGUCCUUGCUUCACGAUCAGCAGAACACAUUUUUGGAAAUGUGUAUUGAAGGGAGACAACACUGUCACAGGGAAGUGCUGGAAAAUAAAAAACAGUUUUAAAGAAACCGUUCUGGCUACAGUUUCAGGCAGUGGGAGAAAGGUAGUAAGUGUCUGUAAUCUCCACAGCAACUAGACUCAGCUAAGAGAGCACAAUAAAAAAAAACCUCAUAUCUAGAUGGACAGAAGGAAAAACAAGAUAUUUUAAAAGGUAUCGGAAAUUCAAAUUACUAUGAGAAUUACGGGUCAUCUCCUGCAAGUGCUGAUUUAGUACCGCCUCCUCAGCAGCUUUGGCUAGUGGUGCUCCAGCUAUUAGCUAAAGCUGCCUCGCACUUUAGGCAAAAUUUCCGAGGGAAUGCGGUGGCAAGAACUCCUUCUGCACUCAUUCAGGUGUGUGUAGCUGAAUGAUAUGAAAGAAUAAUUUGUAAUUGGUUAAAUUCUACAUCUUGAAGGCUUACAGAAUGUUGAAAGUAUCAAUUUGUAUGCUUGGGUAUUGCAUAUUAAGUGCAUAGGGUACAAGAUAUGAUGGGUCUAGAGUACGUUAAUCUUCAAUUUCUGUUGCUUUCUCUGCAAUGAGACAAGUAGUCAUCCAGUUUUUCAUCAGCUCU